UAAAAGUAACUUAUUUAUUGUAUCACUAUCCCCACCACCUCUCCAUCACCAAACUCAACCUUCCUGUAACUCACAUCUUUGAUUUGGCAGAGAUUUCACAUCAAUUUUAAGGAAAAGAUGAAUGCUAAUUCUUCAACUCCCAUCACCAAAAGGUUAGAAGGUAAGGUAGCGUUAAUAACCGGUGGUGCCAGUGGCAUAGGUGAGACCACUGCAAGGCUUUUUGUUCAACAUGGUGCUAUGGUCCUUAUUGCUGAUGUCCAAGACGAGCUUGGCCACUUAGUUUGCAACGACAUUAGCUCUGAAUCCAUCUCUUACAUCCAUUGUGAUGUAACGAAUGAAUCUGAUGUCGAAAGGGCUGUGGACAUGGCUGUAUCCAAGUAUGGAAAGCUAGACAUCAUGUUCAACAAUGCUGGCAUUUCAGGCAACAUGGAAUCACGAAUUUUAGAAUCAGAAAACAAAGAUUUCAAAAGGGUUUUAGACGUGAACGUUUUCGGUGCUUUCUUGGGUGCCAAGCAUGCUGCUAGGGUUAUGAUUCCAGCUAAAAAAGGAAGCAUUCUCUUCACCUCAAGCAUUGCUUCAGUAAUGGCUAGCGAUGUUCCACAUUCUUAUGUGGCAUCAAAGCAUGCUGUGGUGGGAAUGACUAAGAACUUAAGUGUGGAGUUGGGACAAUAUGGAAUAAGAGUUAAUUGUGUGUCUCCUUUUUCAGCUGCAACUCCUAUGCUAAGAAAAGCUAUGGGGAUGAUGGAGAAAAAUAAGGUGGAGGAUGUGGUUUCAUCUUGUGCAAACUUGAAGGGAGUGGUAUUGGAGCUUGAAGAUAUUGCUGAGGCGGCACUAUAUUUGGGGAGUGAUGAGGCUAAAUAUGUGAGUGGGAUAAACUUGGUUGUUGACGGGGGAUAUAGUCUUACCAAUCCAACUUUCUCAAAUGCACUAAAAAGUCUAAGUAUGUGAGUGGAAUGAACCUGGUUGUUGAUGGGGGUUAUAGUCUUACCAAUCUAACUUUCUCAAAUGCACUAAAAAGUCUUUUUUUUUUUUCUUGAUAUGUGUUGUAAAUUGUAACUAUCACCUCCAUGUCUCUAUUUUUU